GCUGAGUAGUUCUGUGAAACGGUUCUACGACGACGACGACGGGCAAGCUGGCUGGCUGCUGGGGCACCACGGAUAAAGGGCAUUCGCGCAAUCAAAUUGUCAACGCUAUGUGCCAAGAAGCUAAGCCAGCCCCGCUGCGCUGCAUAAUCGCGUGAGUACGUGACCGCGAGCAAAAGUACGGAUCCGUGAGCGAGUGAGUGAACGCGAACGAGCGAGAGAGCGAGCACGAAAGCGAGAGCGAAAGAGAGCGCGGUGUAUAGGUUCACGCGAGAGAGCGUGCGUUGAACGGAGAGUGUGAGAACGGGUGUGUGUGUCAUCUCUAUUCCUCUUCUCCCACCAAUACCAUACCACCAAUACAUGCCAAACGUUCCAAACGUCAUCCGGCCGGGUUUUGCUUAGAGGAACCGUUUGGAACGAAGCAAAAAAGACUUUGUUUUUGCCCAGCCCCCCACCCCGUCUCGUCCGCGCUCAGUCCUGGAGUUUUCAGGGGACCACCCAUCGUUGGACGUGAAGAUGGAACCGUCCGGGACGGUGCUCGUGUCGGAGGAGGAGGGUGACGAAGCGGUCGAGAUUCCGCUCGAGGACGACGCGACGCUGCUGCUGACGACGCUGCAGGCCCAGUUUUUCGGGGCCUGCGGGCUGAAGUACCGCAACCCGGACAACAAGGUGAUCCGCGGGGUGCGCCUGAGCGACGGCAAGCUGCACCCGUUCUCGCCCGACUCGGGCUGGGGCAACCACGUGUACAUCUGCGUGUUCCCGAAGGAGAACAAGCGCAAGUGCGACGACCGGACGGAGAACUCGACGCCCAAAACGAAGCGCAUCGAGAGCCGGAACCGGACCACCACCGAUCUGAUCGUGCUGGGGCUCCCGUGGAAGACGACGGAGGAGCGGCUGCGCGAGUACUUCGAGAGCUUCGGUGAGCUGCUGGUGGUGCAGCUGAAGAAGGACUCGAACACGGGCCAGUCGAAGGGGUACGGGUUUAUCCGGUUCGCGCGCUUCGAGUGCCAAAUGAAGGUGCUGUCGAAGCGCCACCUGAUCGAUAGCCGGUGGUGCGACGUGAAGGUGCCGAGCAGCAAGGACCAGAUGCAGCACCAGAUGCCGAGCAAGAUCUUCCUCGGGCGGCUCACGGAGGACAUUAAUGCGGACGACAUCCGGACGUAUUUCAGCAAGUACGGUGAGGUGGCGGACGUGUUCAUCCCGAAGCCCUUCCGGGCGUUCGCGUUCGUCACGUUCAUCGAUCCGCACGUGGCGCAGAGUCUGUGCGGCGAGGAUCAUCUGAUCAAGAGCACCUCGGUGUACGUUUCGACGGCAUCGCCCCGGCCCGAGCACGGCCGGCAUCGGGGCAAGAGCCAGAUGGGUGGCAACCCUUCGUCGAGCUACGGCGGUGGUGGCGGCGGCGGUGAACAUGCUGGCCGCGACGGGAACGAGUACUGCGGCGGAGGGCCACACCAUGGCGGGCAUCCGAACAAUAACUAUCACCAUGGUGGUGGCGGUGGCGGCGGCGGUGGGGUGGCCGGUGGCCCGGGAGGUUACAAUCAUCUGCCGCAGCAGCCGGGCGGGGGCAAUCAGCGGCCAGUGUGGAACUACAACGAGUACACGACGCAAAACCGCCAGAAUAGCGGCAAUAUCGACUCGAUGCCGAACCUGCAGGCACUCGGGCUCAACUCGACCGGUCCGAAUGGACAGGGUGGCGGUGGUGGUGGCGGGUCGGCUAGCGGUCACCACGGUGGUGGCGGUGGCAGUAUGGGAAACCAUCUGAGCGGCAGUGGGGGCGCUGUGACUGCGGCCCCAGGGCCCGGACUGCACGGUGGCCCGGCGGGGGGCAAUAUGAACAUCAACCAGAUGCCCAUCAAUCCGGCCAUAAUCGCGGCCGCCCUUAGCCAGUGGAGCCUGAUCGGCAACCAGAUGCAGCAAAACACGGCCUCGCACGGUGGAGGUGGCGGUGGCCCCGGAGGACCGGGCCAGGGGCACGCGGGCGGUCCGGGAGGACCGGUCGGCGGCGGUGGACCUCCGGGACCGGGUGGGGCCGGCCCCGGACCGGGUCCGGGCCAGGAGUAUCUGGCGUGGAACGGCAACGGUAGCGGUGCGCCGGGUGCCGCUAGCCCUGCGGGCCGUGUUGAGCCGAACCGACCGUAGAUCCUUUGGCCCCGGGAAAGAAAGAAAGAAAGAAAGAAAGAAUGAGAGAGAGGGAGUAGAAAGUACAGACGAUUUUUCGGACGAUGUCGGCCAGAGAACAGACCGACGCCCGCGCCACGGUUACGAGAGUCCGGGAAAAGAAAACAGACAAACCCGUGUUCUGUGGGAAAUCGCGUUCCCACGAAGUUUGACGAUCUCCGCGCUCCGCGGCGGGCGGGCGGGCGGACGGACCCCCUUGACUGACCUCUUGUUCAGCAAACACGAGAAUGACGCGUGAAAGGAUGUCUGGAUGGAUGCUCGCGAUGGAUGCUCGGGAUGCAAUUUGGUUU